AAUUCGGCAUCUCGUCGACGGCGAGGGAUGACGGGCAGCCCAACACGCUCUCACCGGCUCGGAUUGUGGCGCUGAGGAAGCCACAACGACCCAGGUGACUUCACGUGGCUUGUGGCUUGUCCCAGAAAUCCUCCACGGUGGAUCCGUGUGGACGGCAUCCCGAAAGGUUCUGGCAGUAAGAUGAUGAACUGGCCGCUCAAAGAUCUUUGUUGAACUCUUUCCUCGUGGGGCUGAGCAGUGCGAGUCAAGCAGGACUGGUGGUUAUGUAUCAGAAUCAUGCGGCCUCAUCAAGCAGGCGACGAGGCACCGUUAAAAAAGGGACUCUCACCCCGAGCCGAGUCGAGUCCAGCCAGGUACCUUUCCUUUCUGGCCCCACGGCGGACUCUCUGCAGGGGCAUGCACGGCAGCCAGUCAGCAGUCGGGGCCAGAUUGGGGGACGGACACGGGGGGAAGAAAGUGCAUGGAUGCGUGACACGAGGGCUGCUCGACCUGGCCCUUUCCACUGCCGACCGGCGAACGGCGGGACGAGGGCCACGGAAGACAUUGUUUUGCGUCACGGCACGGACAGCCACGCCAAGAGCAUGUUGGAAGCUUCAACGAGUGCCCCGGCUGCCACACACCCACACACCCACACACACGGACGCAUGCACACACACACCCGCUGCAGCCAGCCCUCCUCCAGUCCCCCUCACAAAACGAGCGCACUCGGCACCUCCAGCGGGCCAGCGCAACAACCCCUCGAGCUGCUGCCGCCCGUCUCUUCUUCCAGUCUCCGGCGAUGCAUGAUAAUGAUAAGAUGACGCAGCGCCUCCCUGCGGACAAGCAUGGUUGUGCAACAGUAGGUAGACAGCCGCCCGCCUCCUUCUAUCGGGUGCCUGACUG